GAUGUGUGAACUAUUUGCUUCAAAUUAUAUCAACUUAAAAGGUGACGGAAGUUUGUGCAAGUCGCUAUUUUUUACCUGGAUGCAAGUUGGUUCAAUGUCUUUGAGGGAAAACCCCUUUCUGCAAUCAAUAAGUAUUUAUUGAAACAUCAACAGGCUUCCUGGGUCUCUUUCAUCACCUUUUGUCUAGUCUGUUCUUCAGAGAUCUUUUUUUUACCCGGGUUUGAUCGUCCUUGUUUUGUUGGGGGAACAGAGAGGCCUCUUCAGGUAAGCUGGACGAGAAGGAGACCCCCCCCACCCCUGGGAGCCGGCUGGAAAGUUUGUGUGUGUGUGUGUGUUAUCUGAGAGGACCACACCUACACUAUUGUACACCCCCAACGGACCCAUCAGGACCUGUGUGAGCAUCUGAGACUUUCAACACGCCAAAUGGAGGCAGGAAAAUGAGCUAAAAAGUGACGAGCGCGGUGGACAACAUGACUCGAAUGUCUUUGUGGUAAUUCCCCAACCCCAGUUUCACCCACGAAGAAGACACAUGCAUCGGCGUAGAUACGCGUGCGCCACACUUCCGAACCUUCCUGCUCUCCGCCCCUGUCCUCCAUGGAUUCCUACAACUUACACUUUGAGAGAAUGAACAACGUGGACCUGCAUCCUCUGAGCCUGCCCGUCAGCCGGCUCUCCCCAGCCAAGUCCAACAGCAGCAUUGCCGACCAACUCGCCCACCAACACCAGCACGGCAAAGGAGACUCUGCGUACAGCUCCUUCUCCGGCGGGUCCAACGCCCCGGACUACCCGUCGCCCUUUCUCCCCGACGAUCUCCAGUCCAGCUCCUUCAGCCAGUAUGCUGAUCUUAAGUACGUGAAAUCCAUUUGCCAUCCCACCCAGGCUCUGCAGUCCGACUCGAAGACCAUGGACCAGCUCUGUCGCUCCGUGGAAGCCAUCUCGCAGCAGUAUCGCAACAGCACCAGCGCAAAAGUGAACCGCCGCAACCAAAACGGCUGUGACAGCCUCUGCACCAACAACAAAGCUCUCUCUAAAAAAGAGGGGCCUUCGGGGACUCCGUCCCACGGUGCCUACCCACCUGUCUUUCCUCCUCCAGUCCCGGUUCGCCUCGAUAGUUUUAUAGCCACAAAAAACUUGGAAAACAGCAGGGUCCACCAUCAGGGUUCUGAGUUUCCACCGGAGCAGCAGCAGCCUCAAAAUCCGCCGAAAUUCCUCAACCGCCUCCAUGCCUCACAGCACCGAGGUGUGAACACCCCGAAGCCUGAGGCGGCUCACCCGGACACGAGCAAAUCCAGCUUGAUUUCGGGCCCGUUGUACUCCGUUUGGAGGGGCCCUCCUCCUCCUCCUCCGCAGCAGCAGCAGCAGAGCUACCGGCCCCAUCUGCAGGCUCACGAUCAGACCCGAGCGCCGUUGAACCCGGAGUACAUUUUCAUCACGGACAGCAAACCCGCCUCCGAGCAGCAGCAGCAGCAGCAGCAGAAGUCGGCGAACCUCGCGGGGCCAUCGCCUCCCCGGGGCACGAGCCAGCACGAGCACCCGAAAGCCAGACAGCCCUCGAGCGCCGUGGGGUGCAACGGAGACCCCCCCAGCAGGUCCAGUGGCCGCUUUGAGAGCGAGCGCAAAAGGGCGCACUCGGCACACGAUCGGCCGGGUCCAGAGUCGCCCCGGGCUGCCAGCCCGCGCAACACCGCCGAGGGUUUAGCCAACAGCAGCAUCCAGCACAAAGGUCAGUUCUACUUUGUCACGGGAGUGUGUAAGUCCGAAACCGGAACCAGGACUCACUCUGCAUCCGUGUGCGGCUCCGAGGCCGGCAGCGAGAGCUCCACCGGGCCGGAGGCGCACCGGCUGAGGGAAAGCAGACGAUGCCACAGCACAAUGGACGACUUGUUCCGACCGCUGCAGCAGAGCUCUCGCUCGUCCAGCGGCGCAAUUCCACAGGAGAGUCAAACCCCACAAAGCAAGGAGCUCUCCUACAGGAGCCAGGACCAAGAGAAUCACCGGCUGUCCUACAUCUCGACCGGGUCCUCCCGAAGCGUCGACGCCUUGGAAGAAAUCAACAUGAGCCAGAGCCGAGAUAUCGGCCGCCACAUGGCCAACAACCCUAUAUUCUACUGCGGACCCGACGGAGACGGUCCACCGCAUUCAACCAAACAGGCGAUGGAGGUCGCCCCGCCGAUGAACCCAGAACAGCCCAACCACCACAAGAAAGAGGAGCCGGCAAAGAGAGGCAAACGGCAGCCCUUGAUGGACGUUGCCAGCGAAAGGAUAAACAAAGAGACUACGCCGCUCCUGUACCACCUCACCGGAGCCAGCAGGGCGGCGGCGCAGCCCAAAAAGAACGCCGACGCCUGCGCGAAAGGACACGAAGCGACCGCAAACCGAGCGGGACGUGAGGACGUGGCCGCCGAGGACGCGGAGAGCGCCUCGAAGGGUCACGCAAGCAGCAGGGACCGAGGGGAAGCCGCCCCCGCCGCCUUUGGCACCGUGGACAAUUCGUUUAAAAAGUACUACAAGGAGAAGCUGAAGGACGCGCAGACAAAGGUCCUGAGGGAGACGUCGUUUAAAAGGAGGGACCUGCAGCUGUCAUGGCCGCACCGAAUCAGGCCGAAACCCGAGCUGAGGCCCACAGUGCUUCACGCCUUCUCCCCGUCACAGGACUCCGAGACGUCCACGGACACUCUCACUCCCUCUGUGGCCUCCGAGGAGCCCGAGAGGGGCGGCGUAAAAGAAGGAGCGCGGGAGAGUCGGGAGGAGGGGGACAAAGGGACCGGAAAGGACAGCGGGAGGCCGGCGAACGUGGCGCAGCCCCAGGUGGCGCGCGUCGGCGGGAGGAGGCGACUGACCCAGGACCAGAAGAAGAUGAGCUUGUCUGAACCGGAGAAGCUCCACCAGCUGGGCGGGGCCCCCGUCCACUCGGCGUGCCUCUCCUUUGGCAACGAGAGCGAGGGAGAGGAACGCUGGCAGGGAGGAGAGCAGGGACUGGUCGCGGCCCGCAGGAAGAUGUUCGAGAAGAGAGGUAGGGCCCUUUCGGCCUCCAGCGCCUCGAAGACGAACCUUAAACACCUGCAGCAGAAGGCCCUGGUGGAGUACAUGGAGCGUAAGACGAGCCAGAAGGUGGCCGAGCCACAGCAAGCAGCGCCCCCGACCCCGACCAGACUGAGGCAUUCCCUGGGGGAGAAGCCCUUCGAUUGGGUUCCCAGAACUCAGUCGGGAAAUCCCGAAGGCAACGACGUCAAGAAGAAGCUCCACAGACCCCAUUCUGCGGGCCGCAUCCUCGACUCCUCCGCCAGCUCCAUCAGGUACGCCCAGUUCUUCUCAGGCCAGUCGAAUCAACCCAGAUGGAGGGAGAGCCAGGGUCCGUCUCAGGGGAAGUCCGCCUCUGUGGAGAGUCUCUUGGACCAGCCGGAACCGCCUAGUUUCUUCAGGAGGAGAUGCACAUCCACACCACAGACAUUUCAGGAUGUCGACUACGAGGAGGAUCCGUUUCCAGUUGACACUAUGGAAACCCAGAGUCCCCAGACGGAUGCCGCCGAGGACUCCUCAGCAAAGCCGCCCGCUGACCUCCAGCAGCGGGUCCGCAUGGUCUCGCAGAGGGGGAAGUCCAUGGAAGAGCUCGGGUCGUCAAAGUUGACAGGACCCUCGGCACUGAGUAAAAGUUCUGAGCAUCUGGAUCAACUCUUGAGGCAUUUCACUCGACCGGUGGGACCGGACCGGGACACCAGGGGCCUUUCGCUGUUUGCUGGGCGGGACCAAGGGAGGAAGAGACCGAAUGUGACGGAGCAAGCGGGCAGAGAACCGGAGUUUGUCGGUCAGAAGAGCGCUCAAGGGCAGACCCUGAGCCAAACCCGGAGGAGGUCCCUGUCCAAGGAGAACUCUGAACCAGGCGAGGAAGCCCCAAAUACUUCGAGUAGAUCCACCUCCCCGGCCCCCUCGACCCGUGCCAGGGUCCUCUCCGGAUCUCCCGGUUCUCACGGCCCGGUCACAGAUGACCUCAGGGCCGGCGGACCGCCCGUCGAGACUUCGGUCGACCCACCUUCCCCAAACUGUCUGGAGAUCAGCGAGAGGGAGGUGACAUCCAGCCCGCAGGCCCCCACCGAGACAAAGCUUCCCUGGGAGAGCAGGCUCGGCUCCGGAGUCGGGACUUCCGGGCCGGAGAGAGGGCAGUCGGUGGACGAGCCGAGCAGCGAGGCCCCCGACUCGGACCGCGAAGUGCCUCUGAGCUGCGGCGUCACCACCGAUCCGGCGCUGUGGGCCCCCCCCCACCCUCCGGAGGGAGGGGCCGGCGAGGAGGCCAGGGCCUCUCCGCUGACAGACGUUUUCGACGAAGCGUCCGCCAGCCCGGCCCCUCCGGCGCGGACGGGUGAACCCUCCGUGUCUCCGCGCGCCUCCGUCUCCGACCCGGACGCCACUCGGCAGGUGGCGGCGGCGGCGGAGAAUCCAGAAACGGAAGACGAGAAUUCGGGAAUUACCCGGGAGACGGAGGAGAGGGGAACACCGGCGGGAGAGACGGAGAGCCCCGGGAGGCCUGGGUGGGAGGAGCUGGUGGUGGCGGUGGUGCAGGCCGACCAAUCGCUGGCCAGAGUGCUGUACCCGCUGGCCAAUCGCAAGACUGCACUGAUGCUGAUGGAGCAGCUGCUGUCGGAGGACACGCUGCUGAUGGAGGAGCACUACAAGAAGAAACAGGAGCGGAAAGGAGCCGCAGAAAGCGCCGAAAUGGCCGAAGAGGCUGAACCUUCGCCUCGUCCCCCUGACAGCCCAAAAGCUCAGCGCACGGACCCGCCGAGCAAAGCCGACCUCGCUGAGAAAAAGCGUCUCUUAGUGGCGUCCAUCAACGAGGGCCUGCGCGCGCUGGAGGGGACGCGCAGCGCCCUGCAGGCCGACGUCCAGGAGAACCUGGCCCAAGGCGACGCCCUGGAGGCGCUGGUGCGGGACCGCUGUGUGCCGGUGGAGCUCGAGAGGUACAACCUGUUCAUAGGGGACCUGGAGAGGGUGGUCAACCUGCUGCUGUGCCUCUCCGCUCGGCUGGCCCGGGUGCAGAACGCCCUGAGCACGGUGGACCAGCACACGGACGCCGAGGAGAAGCAAUCUCUGGACAACCGCCACCGUCUGCUGUGCAAGCAGAGGGAGGACGCCAAAGAUCUGAAGGACAACCUGGACCGGAGGGAGAACCUGGUCUCCACCUUCCUGGCGCGCCAGCUGUCCGCCGAGCAGCUGCAGGACUACCGGCGCUUCGUGCAGACCAAGGCGUCGCUGCUCAUCCGGCAGAAGGACCUGGAGGAGAAGCAGAGGCUGGGAGAGGAGCAGCUGGAGGCCCUUUCCAACAGCCCCUGUCUGUAGAGGGAGGAGCAACAAAAAGCUCAGGCUCCGCCUCCUUUUCAGUGGUCCAGCUGCUGUCUGAAACAGACCGGUGCGAGAGAUGAGCGACGAAGUCCGUCCAGACUAAGGCGCCCCCCCCUCCCCCCACCCAUGGCCUUGUUGCUGCCUUUUCUCGACGUGUCUGUUGACUCUUGUUGUUGGAAAACGCCGUUGUCCUUCUGUGUGCCUUGUUACUGCGCAGCGUCCUUCCACCAGAGCUGCUGUGCGGCAGGUUUGCGUCCCCCCCCGUCCGGCCCCCCCCCCGUCCGGCCGGUGCCUGUCCUCGCGCCUCUUCAGUAAGACGGCAGUGCUACAUCUGCACGCGGAAAACCUAUUAUUAUAAGCUUUAAGAAUGUAUUUCUGACCCGUGCGAAGGCCUCGAUGGAGGGGCGGGGUCCGAGAGGGGGCGGUGCGUUGAGUCUGUGAAAUGUACACUAGAUCUCUUCAUCUCAUUUUUUCUUCUUGUGAAUGUUUUGUUUUGGAAUGUUUUUCAAAUGAACGCACUAAAAACCAAAAAGGGUGAAUGGAAAAAAGCAAAAAAAAGCACUUUGUAACAAUACGUGAAUGCACAUUUCCUCAAAUCAGAGUCAAGUCAUUUAAAAAUGAAAGCCUCACUUCAUCCCUUCUAAAGUCUGGUCAUUCAUUUUGAACAAUGUUGAACUAAUCUAACUUUCCAGCUCAUUUCAUACUUCAUGUUAUUAAGUCUUAAUGAUUUCAUGCUGGAACGCCUCCUCGUAAGGAGGUGCUAAACCUCUUUAAAGAGGAUUAUAAGUGAGCAACAAUUAUAUCACUCAGUAUUUCUUCCCGAUGCCCCUUCGUCGCCGAGGUGACACACGAUACUUGAAUCACUUUUAACUAAAGAGGAAAGCCCACAACCUUCACUUCAGGUAUCUUUAACUCAUUGGCUAUUCUCUACCUCCACUGUUCAGCCCCGUUUAGACAUAUGUAACUUUCUUUGAGUUCAUUUAAAUUCACACUGUAGUGUAAAAACUUUUAAAGGAGACUGACUCUUGAAUCAAAUGAUUUCCCCCCCUCUAGCUUUUCAAAUAUUUCACAUUUUAGCCUCUGUUUUUAUUAACUGAACAUUUGGCAUUCCUCUUUAUAUAGUUGUAUUCAUUUCUUUGUACUCAAUCUUCAGCCAGAGGCGUCUGUGAUGUGAGCCAGUUAAUGUGCAGCAUGUGUGUGUGUGUGUGUGUGUGUGUGUGUGUGCUCAAAAUCAUGGAUGUCUUAAUUUCAUGUGCGUAGAGACAAGUUGUUGGACAGAGACAGAACUCCUACAAAGUCAUAAAGUGAUCAAAAUGUUACCGUCCCCUCUUGGCUGAGUAAAAAAAUGUGUGUGUGUGUGUGUGUGUGAGAGAGAGAUAUUUAUGUUAAAAUGACCACUGAGCGCUGAGAGCAUCGUGAGGAGCCUCUAACCGUUAAAAAAAAGAAGAAGCAAUUCCUUGCUAACUCAAACUAACAAAAAAGACAAAUUGGAGAAGCUUUUACGUU